AUGCUGACCGAAUGGAGCUCGACUGGCCAACACCCACACGUCACGAUCGGCCAUCUGUCCACGGCCACCCGAAGCCAGCAAUCAUCCGAGUCCAGCAGAUGUUUACAAUUCCAGCCACAUGUUGCCUCGUCUGCCCACCUUCGGGGGAACAUGCUGUCACAGUCCGGCCGGACGAAGAUUGCGUCCGAAGCGUCCGAAGAGAGGCGCUCCGCUUUCGGUCUGGCCGACGAACCCCGAUUUGGAAGUCCCCGACCGGGACUCGACAACCCAUCACACCGAAUUUUCAGAAGACAAUUGCGCCUGUUUUUAGGUGCAAGCAUUUCAUUCACACAAACCGCUCUCGACACGACACUUUCAGGAUUCACUCAUGGCUCAACCGUCCUUGACCUGACGCCGAUUUCAGAUCGUCCAGACGACAAGUCAUCUGACACUGUCAGGCGAAAAAUCCAACAUGUUAGCCGGUUUUUGAGAUUUACAUCAUGUGAGUUUCGACAGGGUUUGAGCGGAAGGUACCGAUUUGUCUUGAACGCUGUCUGGCGACAGCUGAACUGGCGCAGUUUUGGGCUGAAAGAUGCCCCAGUUUGGCUCAUGCCCGUCUGUCCUGGCGACACAACUCCUGCAAACAUGGCCACUGGUAGUCAUGGCGCUAACUGA